ACUAACCUCAGUACUUGUUAUGAAUAGUUAUCCGUAAUUAUCUUCUUAAGUGAUAAUAGUAUAAAAAUCGUUUCACACUAAUAAGAACACAAAAUUAUAGUUGAUGAGUAGUUGUAUGACUAGCAAGAUGCCACCUCAUCGACAAUUAUUUAAGUAAUUGAACUAAGUUCACUACUAAUGAAUAUAUCCAUCUUAUAAAUAGAGCACUAGCUGGGAUAUACAACAUUCACAGAUCAAAAUUGAAUCAUACAUCACACAUUUCAUCUUGUUUCAUACCAUAUAUAGUCAUAAUAGUCACUAUGGCAGAGGAGGAGAAACACCAUCACCACCUGUUCCACCACAAGGACAAGGCAGAAGAGGGCCCAGUCGACUACGAAAAGGAAAUCAAACAUCAUAAGCAUCUUGAACAAAUCGGUAAACUUGGCACUGCUGCUGCCGGUGCCUACGCCUUGCAUGAGAAACAUGAGGCAAAGAAGGAUCCAGAGCAUGCACACAGACACAAGAUAGAGGAAGAGAUUGCAGCUGCUGCUGCUGUAGGAGCAGGUGGAUUUGCAUUCCAUGAACAUCAUGAGAAAAAAGAUGCCAAGAAAGAAGAGAAAAAAGCUGAGGGGGGACACCACCACCACCUCCACUUAUAAAUUGCUAUAUUUUGAUAAGAUUUUCUAAUAUUUGUUGUACGUGUGAGGAGCGUUGUCGUGGUUUCUUACCGUAAUGCUCUCUAGUAGAUAUGUUCAAGAAGAAGAAGUUCAGUGUGAUAUCAUUAGUAGAUGUGAAGAAGGUGAGGUGAAUGCAAAUCUUAUUCUAUUCUGUGUGAGGUUGAGAGGUCAGUGCGUGAUUUCCUAAAUAAUCAUGUGUGCGUUUGACUUCCCUUGUAAUUUUAUGUUGAACUACCUUGUAUUAUAUAGUGUUGCUUUUUAAGUUGUGUAAUAAAUGACUUUCCUUGUGAA